ACACACAACCAGGAGGUAAACACACAAGAGAAGAGAGCAAGGAGGGAGGGGCUUGGAGGCGGACCUGAUGACAUUGACGUUUAACAGCAGGACAAACCUCCACGUGUGUGAGAAGAGAAGAAGAAACAGUCGCUCCUCCUCUUCUCACUGUCAUCCACUCCUCUUCUUCUUCUUCUUUUUCUUCUUCCUCCAUCCCUGACUUGAUGCCAUCCCGGUGAGGAGCCUGCACGGCGGAGGAGACGGUGAAGCAAUAAAAAAAAAGUGCAUGAAAAAUGGCACUCACGUCCCUGUUCGGGUAUUUGGUGACAGUUCUGGUGCUGUUCUGGAGCACGUCCUUGGUCAGUUCGGCCUUGGCGCCGGAGAACGAGGUGCCCCUGCGACCCACCGCAUGGCUACCAGAGGGGAAGAUCACCACUGUGACUUUACCUAAAGGACGGACACGCAGGCUGUACUUCACGCUGAGGAAGACCCCCACCGUGUCUUUGACCGUCAGCCCAUGCGACCCCCCCAUCGAGUGGACCUUGGCGGCCCGCACUCUGAAGAACAAACCCCUCAAGAGUCUGGAGUGGAGCUCCAAAAAGAGCAUCCCCGAGGUGUGGUGGAGGGGUCCCGGGACUGAAGAGAGAAUACACAGCUUUUCUGGCAACAUUGCGGACACCUACAGCGGCCCCGCAUCCCCCCAUGCGUCCGUCUACAUCCUGAGGCUGCGUUCCAAACAGCAAAGCAGCAGAGCCACGGUAUACCUUCACCAAGGCCCCGGGAUAUCAGGGGCCUUCCCUCGGGUUCCGGCUGACACUCGGGUUCACACGCUCGGAGUGGGGAUGACCAGCGUCACACUCAGCUGGACCCCCAGCACCUCGCUGAUAGGCGUCCCUCAGACGAGUUACGAAUACUGCGUCCUGGUUAAUUCCGAACGCAACUUCCCCAGUGUUUGCGCGGCCCGGGAGAGCGCCAGGAAGGCGGAAGAUAAAAGGAGGAUGGAGAAGAAGAAGAGGGUGAUGGCGUGGCCGAUCCUGAAGGAAUGGUGGUGGGAACAGUGGGAGGCGGAGUCUGAAACGGACGCCGAUCUCCAGUGUGCGUGUCAAGGGACGGAGAGCGUCUGCACCGUGUCCGAGCUCCUGCCUGACACCCAGUAUUACUUUGACGUUUUCGUGAUGGACCGCGUUAACGGCACCAGCGCCGCCUACAAGGGCACCGCCGCUCGUACGCACGAGGAAGCGCGGCCGUCCAUUACUACGUUGGCUGAAGGUGAACUGAGGUGGGUCACCUUCCACGACAGAGGCUCCACUUCAGAGCAGUUCUUCAGCUUCCGUCCACACGGCGUGCAGCAGAACGGUCUCCUCACCCUGCAGAGCUGUGGCGGCGGUGAUAAGGUCAAGGUCACCGUCUCCAGUAAAGGUGUUGUUCUGACUUCUCAGGCCGUGGGGAAGGACUUGGUGCAGAUUUGGCUGCAGGGAAGCCCGGUCUAUGUCAUCCACUUGCAAAGUGAAGGAACCACAACUGCUAAUUUACCGGCGGGGCUUACGGCUUCUGUGAAAAUGCAGACCUCUUCAGCCUACCACCGUAGAGGGGUCCCGUCCUUGCCGUCCACCUUGCAGGUAAAAUCCUUCAACCGCUUGCGUGGGUGCAACAGCGUCACUCUAGCUUGGAUGGGCACCGAGGAAAGGAGCCUCUACUGUGUGUACAGGCGAAAGCUCGGCCCGGACGCCUUAACUGCACCGUGUCUGGGCCCAGAGUCCCGCUCCGAUACGGAGCGGGUCCUGUGCAAGUAUUUCCAGGAGCUGAAUCCAAGGCGAGCAGUCACGACAGCCGUGAUCGGUAGCCUCGAGCCGGGGACCACUUAUGUGUUUGAUGUCUACUUAAUGAGACGCUGGGGGAUCCCUAUCAAGUAUGCCAGCAAGACGGUCAAGACCAGGAAGGAAUGCUGAAAUACUGCCCCCUAUUGGAGGGUUAUGGAAUAGACGCUAUAAAGACUGACCAUGAGAAUGAAGCCAUUUGACUGUUGUCCACCCUCGCAGAGGAGCAAUGGUUGGACUCUCACAGGAAGAGGAGGGUGAUCUGGACACCAGCAAACGUUCACAAUAUUUACAACAGGAUGCUCAUUGUUGCUUUCCAUCGUCGAUCCCGAUAACGAUGCGGCACCGGUCCAAGUGCUCGUUUUGGUGCAUGGGUACAAAAAGGACAGAUGAGGUUUGUGAAGUAGAGUGCAAACACAAAAACAACAGCGACUGCGUGCCAAAUAUGCAACAGCAACAGAUGGGGUAAUAAUAAUUGGAUGACAUCUGAGACAUUGGAGGGGGGUUGGAGUGUAUAUUUCCGGUGCUGCGAAUUGUACGGACGCAGGCGGGUGGAAUCUACAGAUGCUUAGUUCAAAGUGUGUAUCUUUGUGUUCUGCUUUUGCAUGAAGCAGGAAGAAAAAAAAAUACUUGUGGCUAUAGCCUCAUUAUUGUUUUUGAUGUAUUCUUGUGUUGCUUCAAAUGCACCAAUAAAUACUGGGGUAUCUCUAUACUUAAUACAAUACAUGCACUUCCAUGUUAUACUAUAUAUAAAAUUA